AUGAACGGGUCCAAUCAAUUAGGGGCGGUCAGCGAUCCGACGGGAAGGAGGGCAGCGCGCGCGCUCCGUGGAAACUCGGGAAAUCGUCUGUGGGAAGGGUGCAGGAGGGUGGGGAGUAGAGUGCGAGGAGGGAGGGGGUGUGGGGUGGAGGGGAGCGGUGGCGAGGCAUGGUGCCGGAGGGUGCGUGCGGCGGCCGUGCAUCGAUCGCGCGGGGCGGCCGACUCGCACAGUUCAGUCCGCCGGGGCGGCCGGCGAGAGCGCGCGUGUGAUGCGCUGUCGCUGAUAUGGCCGGCGCUCGGGCGCUCGUGGCCGCCUGCUGCUGCUGGUGGUGGC